AUGGCAGCUGUGACGGAGGUACAUUCAACACGACAGUAUGACGGUGUCCAGAUCAGGCUGACCAUCACGUUGACGUCAGAGCUGCCUCCCGAUGCUCCACAGGCCAUUCAAGUAUUCAACAUCAUCCUCAGAAGGUUGUUGAGGCAGCUAGGCAUGGAUCAGGUUCAGAGACACCACUAUGACUUUGGCAGUAGUGUCGACAUCAACAGUAACCAACGCUCUAUACUUCAGGUAAUCCCAGGUGUGGCUGCCUCCAUCCUGCCCUUUGAGGACCGGGUACUGCUCAACGUGGAUUUAACCCACAAGGUCAUACGGACGGAUACAUGUCUGGACGUUAUCAACAGAGAGUACAUGACACAAACCAACAUGGAUGAUGUCAGACGUGCGCUGAUCGGCUGCACUGUCAUCACCAGGUACAACAAUCGAACCUACAGGGUGGAUGACGUUAAUGACUCACUCACUCCGACAGACACGUUCAGACUCACCAACGGUACCACCAUCACCUUCCAGGAGUACUUCCAGCAGCAAUACCAGAUCACCAUAGUAGAUCAGGCCCAACCACUCCUGAUGUCCAGACCAACUGGCCGGGACCGGAGGCGUGGACAGACUGGACCUAUCUACCUGGUGCCUGAGCUCUGCUUCAUCACAGCGUAUAAAUUUGCACAGAAGAAAUAG